UCCGACAACGAGAUACAAUUCGUUCGGAUGCGAGUUAAUUGUCGGGCUCGCGGUUAACGCGUCGUGCGUCCAACUGUUCAUCGACUCGAGGGAGUUUAGAUCACUCUCGCGGAGUUGAGUGUGAGAAAUAUUUUAGUCGUGCUGCUUCGAAGGUGAAUUUUUUUAAUACAUAAUAUGACGCCGAUCUCUGAAAAUCGGUAUUUCAUUCGUACACGGUGCUGCGCUCGUUGAUGAUUUCGUCCAAAAACAAUAUCACGUUUAAUUGUGCUGAGGUUUAGGAAGACUCCUUUGCAGUUUACGGUGAUAAUGUAUAAUUGUGGUUUUUAUAUUUAUUUAUAUAUGAUUUAGUGAUUAACAAAUCGGCGUAAAUUUCUUGGUGAUUGAUAUCGAAAUGAUGCAAGAGUCUGUGCGCAUUGAUAAAUAAUCAUCCAGUUACUGUUGUUACUUUCCAACGGUGUUGAGACAUUUUUAUUAACAAUUUCAUCAACUGUCAAUGAGGUAUAAACUCUCACUUUGAAGUUUUAGUUAAAUGGGUUGAAAAACUGAGAUCCCGGAAAAAAAAAAAUAGAAUGGAUACAACUGCACCGGUUGGAUCUGGGAUCCAGAAGAGGAGCCAGUGGAAACAAUGGGCAGCCUGUCUAUCCGCCACCCUGUCGAUGGUGUCAGUGGGCACCGUUUACGGCUGGACCACCACAACGAUCCCACACCUGACCGGCAACUCCAGCACCCACAAUGGCGAGGUUCCCCUGCACCUAACCUCGGACGAGUCGUCCUGGGUCAUUUCCAUCACUGCAAUUGGCUCUAUGCUCGGCCCCUUCUACGGCGUCUACGUGGCCGCGACCCUCGGUCGCCGACCAUGCCUACUCCAGACCUCCCUGUUCUACACCCUGGGCUGGCUGCUCGUCACCUUCGCCCAAAACGCCUGGCACUUGUACGCAGCGCGAGUCAUCCUCGGCUUCGGCGUGGGCAUGUCCUACACCGCCAGCCCCAUGUACGUCUCGGAGGUGGUGGACGUGGGCAUCCGCGGUGCCGUUGGCAGCCUCGUAGCCGUCAACGUCUUCACCGGCUCCCUACUAGCCUGCAGCGUUGGCCCGUACACGUCCUACCACGUCCUCGUCUACGUCCUCAUGGCCGUGCCGGUGCUGUUCGUCGCCACCUUCGUCUGGUUCCCCGAGAGCCCCUACUGGCUCGCGACCCAGGGCAGGGACGAGGAAGCCAAGAAGGCCAUUGGCUUCUUCAAGGGGAUCGAUGAACCGAGCGAGUUGGCCGAGGAGUUGGCCGACGUGCGCUACGACAUGGGCGAGGACACCGGCCACCUCGAGUUCAGCUUCGCCAACGUCCAUCUACUGCUCGAACCUACAAACAGGAGGGCACUGCUGAUCGUGAUGGUCCUGGUCCUGGGCCAGCAGUUGAGCGGCAACUUCAGCACGAUGCAGUACCUGGAGCAGAUGUUUGGUGACGCGGGGAUAGGUAUUGGUCCGGACGUGGCGACGAUCAUCGUGUCCGGGGUGGGUCUGGCGUCGGGGGUGGCCUCGGCACUGUGCGUCGAGAGGACGGGCAGGCGGCCCUUGCUGUUGGCGGCUAGUCUCGGUUGUGCCAUCGCCCUUGGCGUUCUGGGGGCUUACCUGUCGCUGAGGGGUGAGGGCGUGGACGUGUCGGCGGCGAACCUGUUGCCCGUGGUCGACGUGGUCGUUUACCAGGUGGUCUAUCAGAUGGGGCUGGGCACGAUGGCGUACCUGCUGAUUGGCGAGCUGUUCCCGGUGAACGCGAAGGGCGUCGCCGGGGCCGUGGUCACGAUAUUCGAUGGCCUGCUGGAGUUCGCCGUCACCAAGAUGUACGAGGUUGUUUUUUCUACUGUGGGCUCGCGAGUGGUCUACGUGUUCUUCACCGUCUCGUGUUUCGCGCUCUUUGGGUUUGUUUAUGGGUUCGUGCCCGAGACCAAGGGCAAGACGUUCCACGAGAUUCGGGACAUACUGGGGGAGUGGCGACCGUUUCGCGCGUCGAAAGCCAAAGGCAAGGAUACGCUCGCUAUGAAGUGACACCGUGGGAGAAACUGUGUUUGUCCAUUGAUGCAUUUUUUGGCAUACAGACUAUGAGACUGACAUUCUUACAAUUAGCCAUAAUUUGUGGUUGAAUCGGUAGUCGAGACUACUGCAAGAGUUACUUAUCACAUGUUUUUUUUUUCGCAUCAUCGGUUAAUACGUUAAUAAAAGAAAAAAAUGUUUAUAAAGUCAA